AGUCCAGCCGGAGGUAGAGCGAUCUGUUGCUGCAGCCGCCGGGAUGUCGGGGCUACGCGGGCAGAGCCGAGGGGUGCGCUCGGUGCUGGGCACCAUGGAGUUCGGGCGCAGGGCAGACGCGGCGGCCAGCGGGGCCAUGCUGCGCGCGUUCCUGGCCCGCGGGCACUGCGAGCUGGAUACCGCGCAUAUUUACGCGGGGGGCGAGUCGGAGCGGAUCCUGGGCGCCUGGUUGGCAGCUGAACCCAAGGCUGCGGCUGCAGGUGGGUCGGUGGAAUGGGGGAGCCGGAGACGAAGGCUGCUCGAGCUCAAGUUUGUUUUGUUCCCUUAUCACGUCCUUUUCUCCACCAGUCAAGGUAGCCUCCAAGUCACUUUCUUGAGUCACCUUGCCGACACUGUAGAACCCACGGCCAGCUUUUACCUUGUCGUACUCCUUUCCCAACAUGGAAGGAUAAGGGACCCGAAUUCAUCCGGCAAGGCUCUUCCUUUGCUUCUGGAAUCAGGAAAUUCGAGACGGUCCCUUCUCCUGGGAGGGGGUAGGAGUGGAAAAGAGGCGCUGACGCAUGCGCAGACAGUGGUGAUGCGAUUGCCUUUGCCCAGGACCUGGUGGCGAGUUCGAGUUCUGCCAGAGGCAGAUCGAGUUGCUGCAGCCGCCGGGAUGUCGGGGCUACGCGGGCAGAGCCGCGGGGUGCGCUCGGUGCUGGGCACCAUGGAGUUCGGGCGCAGGGCAGACGCGGCGGCCAGCGGGGCCAUGCUGCGCGCGUUCCUGGCCCGCGGGCACUGCGAGCUGGAUACCGCGCAUAUGUACGCGGGGGGCGAGUCGGAGCGGAUCCUGGGAGCCUGGCUGGCGGCUGAACCCAAGGCUGCGGCGGCAGUCAAGGUAGCCACCAAGGCAAAUCCAUUGGAGGGCAAUACUCUGAAGGCUGAUGGCGUUCGCUCCCAACUGGAGACGUCCCUCCAGAGACUGCAGGCGAAGAGUGUCGACCUCUUCUACCUCCAUAUGCCCGACCACAAGACCCCCCUGGAAGAGACGCUGAAGGCCUGCAAUGAGCUACACAGAGAGGGGAAGUUUAAGGAACUGGGUCUCUCCAACUAUGCCUCGUGGCAGGUGGCGGAAAUCUAUGGCAUCUGCAAGGCCAACAACUGGGUGUUGCCAACAGUGUACCAGGGCAUGUACAACGCUACGACGCGCCAAGUGGAGACCGAAUUGCUGCCAUGCCUUAGACAUUUUGGGAUUCGAUUCUACGCAUAUAAUCCGCUGGCUGGAGGGCUCCUGACUGGGAGGUACAAGUACGAAGACAAAGACUCGAACCAGCAGCCAGCUAGCAGGUUUUUCGGCAACGACUGGGCCAAAAUCUACAGGGACAGGUAUUGGAAGAAACAUCAUUUCCAGGGGGUCGACUUGGUCGAGAAAGCCCUCCACGAGGUGUAUGGCUCAGACACACCCAGCUUGACUUCAGCUGCCCUGCGCUGGAUCUAUCAUCACUCAAAGCUGCAGGCUGACCUUGGAGAUGCUGUGAUCAUCGGGAUGUCUACCAUGGAACAACUGCAGGAGAAUCUCAAGUGCAGUGAGGAGGGUCCCCUUCUGCCCGGGGUGGUUGAGGCCUUUGAGAGAGCUUGGCAUCUCACAGCCCACGACUGCCCCAACUACUUCCGCUGAAGGCUUUUGCAGCCUCCAGGAGAAACGAGAGCACCCAUCGGAGACCCCCACUCCUCUGGACUCUCGUUUCACCACAAACAUCCUCUUCUGCUUCAGAAGUUCCUCCCUUUCCCUUGGAAUAAACCCAAGCCAACACCUCCGUGGCCUUAGAUCAAGAGAGCACUUUUCCCUGGCAAGAUUUCUGCAACAAGAUUUUCUGGGUCCCUGAAAGUGGCUUUCAUCCUUCAAAAUAAAAAUAUUGGUUGCA